CGAUCAAGCUAUGUGAUCAUCCGGGCAUUCUUUGACUUGGUUACUUGACUACACAAAAACAGUGUAGACAUCCAUUUUGUUUACCUCUUUACAGAAACACUUAAAGUGUGGUUACUUUAUACAUAAUUUGGACAUACAUUUGUACCACAGCAUUCAGCAAGAUGUCAUUGGUUCAGCAACCUGUGCAGGAAAAGAAGGGAUUCGGAUAUUCCAAAUUGAAGUCAUCAAAGACAGAUACAACCAAAGGAUUCACAAUCCAGUCCUAUCAAAAGGAUGUUAAGGUUGAAAGUCCGCCAAAAGCUGGUGCCUUCCAGAGCAGACCCGCUGGUCCAACAGCAUUCAGAAAAUUUUACGAGAGAGGUGAUUUCCCAAUAGCCCUUGAACAUGACACGAAAGGAAACAAAAUUGCAUGGAAGGUUGAGAUUGAGAAACUGGAUUACCACCACUACCUGCCCCUGUUCUUUGACGGACUCUGUGAGACCACUCACCCCUAUGAGUUCUUUGCCCGCCAGGGAGUUCACGACAUGUUGGAGCAUGGAGGUUCAAAAAUCCUGCCAGUCAUCCCCCAGCUUAUCAUUCCUAUUAAAAAUGCCCUGAACAUGAGGAACCCCCAGGUGGUCUGCACAACGUUGAAGGUGUUACAGCACCUUGUGGUGUCUGCAGACAUGGUGGGGGAGGCACUUGUACCCUACUACCGACAGAUCCUACCCAUCCUUAACAUCUUCAAGAACAAAAACUUGAACUCAGGCGAUGGCAUCGACUACAGCCAACAGAAGCGAGAAAACAUUGGUGACCUUAUUCAGGAGACUCUGGAAGCCUUCGAGAGGCACGGUGGGGAGGACGCGUUCAUUAACAUUAAAUACAUGGUCCCCACCUACGAGUCCUGUAUGCUGAAUUAACACCGGUGAACUAGUAUUAAGUGAUAUAGUUAAUCAACUUUAUAUUGACUGUGGAAUUUCGGAAUUUCUUUUCAGGAAUGGACAUUUUGGAAACUCCAAUAUUAUGGGAUUUUUCUUCUUUUGUUUGUUUGUUAGGUGAAAUAUUUAUGUUACAACUUUGAUUAACACAAUUUAAAAAUUACAAUAUUUUGGAAGACCUUUUUUUGUUGUUGUGAUUAUCUUGCAAGAGAUAAAUAUGGACAGCCUGAUUUUUUAAAGGAAUUGUUUCUUAUAAAUGUUGGCCUGGAUAAUACAUUGUUGCAUAAUUGAUAGUUUAAGUGUAAAUUAUAGCCAUAAAGAUGCAUUGAAAUGAAAUCAUAAGGAUGAUGAGUAUAUGUUAGUGCCUUUAGUCUGUUUCAUUUAUUUUUACUUUAAAAAGUUAAGGGACUUGAAUGAUAUUUGUACAUAACCAGUGUGCUAAAUUAUUUGUUACAUUGAAUGUAGUUUCACUGUGAGGAAUAGUUAUGUUCAAAUUUAAUGCAUGGCACAUGUUUAUUUUUUUUCACAGUUUAUUUUUACUUCUAGAUAACAGGCAACAACUCAUUUAUUGUAUAUACAUGCAUUUCAGUAUUUGUGAAUGAAAGCUGUUUAUUAUUGAAAUGCAUGAAAGUGUAUUUGUAUGUGUGUGAGUGGAUUAAAACAGUUGACUGUGAUUUCUUGUUCCAAUUCUUGUGGUUAACAUCGUUUUAUUACAUUUUAAUGCUGGCUUCAAUGAAUUAUGAAUGAAUAUUGUUUUCCCUUGUUAAAAGCGUUUUGACAAUACAACUACAUUUUCAAAAUAUUGAUAAGUCAACUGCAUUAUAUUUAUAAGAAUAGACAUAAAAACAUUUUGAAAAUAAAAUUUAAAGCACAAUAUUUUUUUACUUUGUUGUUUACAGUAUAAGAUUUUUGUUUGGAAUAUCAAGCAUCUGUGAUAGUAUUUUCUGCAUAUUUGAUACAUGUUUUUCAAUUGUGUGUGUUUUCAAACAUUUGUUUGCAUUCGUUCAAGUCGGCAUCUUUCUUGAUAUUAGAUUAUUUAUCUCUACCUAUCAGCUACGUACGUUCACAAGGAAUUCUAUGGAUAUUAGCAGUAUACUAUGGAGAACACGUUUUAUCAACAUUUGUAAACAUAGCUACUAGAUAAUCCUUGUCAAAAUUAACUAAACCAUUGAAUUUAAUGUUAUUUUGUGCAAAUUAAUAAUAUGUUAUAACAUUACCAAAUUUCUGUGUUGUUUUAAGUAUACCAAAGUAAGGAUGUUUUAUUUCAUAUUAUUAAUGUGGUAAUACAUAUCUGUUAAUAAACAUGAAUAAUAUCA